CGCCCCGUUAAUCUUUUUCCCGGUUCUUCUCCCCAAAUCUCAAUUUCAUCACAAAAAUUCCCAAAAUUGAAAUCCUAAAAAUGGAUCCGGACAUUUCACGGUGGGUCCUCGAAUUUCUUCUCCGGAGUUCCGUUCCCGAUUCCCUGAUCCACAAAACCCUCACCGUCCUUCCUCUCUCCGGCGCCGAUAACCGCCUCAAGAAAACCCUCCUCCUCCGCACUCUCCAAUCUCACCUCCUCAAAGCCUCUCUCACCGAAACCGCACUCGAAAUUUUCGAGGUUCUCGAGGACCUCGACCGGAACGACGCUGUUCCCGUCACCGACGCCAUGCGCCAAGCCUACUGCGCUGUCGCCGUCGAGUGCACAGUCAAGUACCUCGCCGCGUCCCCCGACGAAUCCGCCGGCGAGUACUUCGGCGCCGUCCGGAGGAUCUGGCGGGGCCGGGUGACGGAGAUGACGGCGGAGGGUCGCCGGAGUGGGUUGUUCUCCGGCGAGUUGACCCGGUGGAGGGAUGACAUUGAGGCUGCGCUUUGGGAUCAUGGGGUUUCUGAGAGGUUGGCGAGUUUGAAUAGCAGAAGGGACGCGCUGAAGAAGGUGAAGGUGUAUCUGAAUGAAGCGUGGGAAAUCAUGGGUCCUUCGUUUCUCGAUUCCGUGGCGACGUUGUCGAAGGCGAAUGGUUUGCGCCCUGAAGGUGUUUGUGAAUAUGCUUUGGGUGAUGAAUCGAUGGGGAAGCGUGAUGGAGGGAUGGAGGGUUCAGCGAAGGAGAGAAGGGACUCUGUUGGUGGUGAUAGGAGUGAUUCUGAUAAUGAUAAUGAUGAUGACGAUGCAUGCUGCAUGCAGAAUGUGGCAGUGACGGGUGAAGUUCAGGGCAAGGAACAAUUGGAAGAGAGAGUUGGAGCUUCUGUUGAUACAAAUCAGGAAGUGGGUGGGCUUGAUUUACCAACACAGGGAAAUAAAGGGCUUGAUUUUCCAACACAGGGAAAUAAAGUAGGAAUUCACAAAUGCAAUCUUCAGCUUAAACGCAAGCACUCUGCACUUCGUGCAUGCCGUAGGGGUGUUAAAAUAUCUGGUGCUGAGGAAGUGGAGCCAUUAAAAUCGUGGGUGCCUAGUCCUGAAGUUGAAAAAGUUCGGGAAUCCCUUAAAUCAAGUUCUUUGGAGCUACGAGCAUUGGUCAAGGAUCCUCUUCCUGAUGCAAUGCAUACGUCUGAAAUUGUAAGAUCCAAAUUGGCAACAAAAGAUGUUCCUCCUAUUGAAAACCUGCGCGGAGACAUAGAUGUACCAGAUUCAGAUGUUUGCAAGAGUAUUGUACCUUUUCAACCUGAUAAUGCCAAUCUUGCCAAGAAGUCUUCUGUUCAUUGUGGUAAUGUUAAUCGUCCCAACAUAAUGAAACGGACUAGUACUGCCCGUACUUAUGAGUGGGAUGAUUCUAUAGAUAAUUUGCCACAAGGAAGACAGCCAAGAAGGAGGAAAAGGAAAUGGUCUUCAUUGGAAGAGGAGACACUAAGGGCUGGUGUAAAAAUGUUUGGAGAAGGAAACUGGGCGACAAUUCGAAACUUCUACAGUAACAUUUUUGAAAAUAGAAGUGGAGUUGAUCUGAAGGACAAAUGGAGAAACAUGAUAAGGUGACACAGAGGAGCUGUUUGAACAUUCUAUGUAUAUAUCUUAGGGAGGUUCGAUGCAAUCGAGUUUUGUUAAAAGGUGAUCCAACUAGUGCAGUGAGUGAGGAGUGAGGACCAACAACUGGUGUCCAAAGCCCUUGCAAAGGCCCACUCAAACACUUCUGGAUUCAUCCCUACAUCCUGGUUUUCAAAGGCUCAUCUGAAGAAUGUCCGUCUGCCCUAAAAACAGAAGACACUAAUGACGGGUUGAGAACAGAUUGUUGUGCAUGCAAUUAACGUGGCAAGUUGAGGUCAUCAUCGUUCACGAUUACGGGAUGCUGGAGACGAAAAGCAAUCAUGCCAACUUUGAGAUAUGAAUUGUACUAUAUACAAAUGAAUUUAUGUGAUGCUAUUUUUUGUUUGAUCUGUAUAUGCAAUUAUUUCUUGGUAGGAUUAAGGGUAUGGUAGCCGUGUAAAUUUUUAAUCUAAUAAUUCUUGUCCUUCUUCUUCAAGUCAUAGAUUGGGUGUUACUAAUCUCCA